CUUAUUGAAGGUGGCGGACCGUUCGUGUGUCGAGAUUCCGCGUCCUAUGUAUACGGAACUUAGUAUUGUGAACAUUUACGUGCGGGAAACAAGUGCAAGAUUUAUUUGGUUAUAGACACGCAUAACCAAGAGAAUCGAUCGGUCUAAUAUUGGAUUACUACUUUGCUGCUCCGAGGUCUGCCUGUGGAGACAUCACACAUACCAUGGAGACCACACUGAAGACGUCGCCAUAUUCCUUAUGCAAAGUAAAGAGGGGGAGGCAGCCACAAACAGAACAAGGUAUAGAUGGCGAGUGCAGAGGAUGCUGCAGGACACUCUCGGAACGUCUCUUCGCGUCUGGAGUAACUAACUGUUUAACUGACCUAACAGUCACAUUUGCUAAAGGCCAAAGUAUUCGUAAGGUCCAUCGACUACUGCUCGGAUUGUCGUCCCCAGUCUUCGAAGCGAUGCUCUAUGGUCCCAUGGCUGUAGGAGACGUUCUCCACCUGCCUGAAGACGACCCAGUUGCUUUCCAGUGGAUGCUGAAUUACCUCUACUUUGACAGAAGAGACCUGUCCAGCACUCUAGCUCCGCAAGUGUACCAGCUCGCCCACAAGUACUUUUUGUGCGACCUCCACAAGCUCUGCACCAAGAUCCUCUUGGAGAACAUAAACCCCGUGAACUUCCCAAAGAUUUACGAUCUCGCCAUUUUAACAGAGAAUGAGGCGCUAUUGUCCCAGUGUCAGUUGGUUCUCAGGCAGACUGACGCAGUACUGUCUUCUCCUACCUUUGGCUUCCUCAGUCGUAUAGCACUCGGGUCACUUCUUCAGGAGGCGUCAUUUGAACCAACUUCAGAUGUACUGCUGUACAAAGCCAUCGUUACCUGGGGCAGACACAAAGUGGCGGUGGGUGCGAGUCGCAAAGUGGAGACACAAAGGCCCCUAAAAAAAGUCUUCAUAAAGGCUUGCAAUGAAACUGAAUUUUCAAGAAAAGAAGUGGUCUUCGCCAUUGAAACAGAUGUAUCCGAAGAACAGGAGGCAACUCACCUCGAAACAAAAAUACCAGAGAAACUGGGGACAGAAAUUUUAGAGACACAGACUGAGUGCAAUAUUCUCCGUCAUGAGAUAGAAGAGUUUUUACCAAUGGUGCGCUUCCUCACCAUGACGACGGAUGAGUUCACACAGAUUGUUCUCCCCUCCGGUGUCUUUAAUAAUGACGAAAGCAUUGCUAUUCUCCUAAAGAUCAAGGGUGUCCCAGGAUCAUGCCUACCGGCUGUAGCACCAUGUGAAAGCCUUCACAGGCACCUAAAUAAGCAGGAGACAUUGGAAGUACUCCUGGUAGAAGUGCAGGAAGGUCCAAAGGCAAAACCGCCUCCUGGAACGAGGAGAACUAACAGGACCUUGGUAUUCCGGAACAGAAUGGAUGAGAGAAGAUUUAGAUUAGGGGAAGUAAUGUGGAAGUAUUGAAGUAAUUUAACUUUUGAAUGGUUUAAUGUUAAUAUUUUAUGAGAACUUUGGUUCUAUUAGGGUUGUCUUCACAUUUGAAUGUGUACAAAAAUAGUUCACCAUUUUAGUUUUAGGGAGUAAUUUUUAAAUAAAAAUGGCCUUUUAGAGUUAUAAAUGUUGGAAUGUUUUCAGACAAAAAAAGGGAAGGCGACGGGACGUCGGUCAUACAUGUAUUUGACAGUUAGUGGUUUUUCUUCUAAUUUAAAGUCACAUAUUUGAACGUUUUAUUCUGAAGUAUAUUUUUCCUAUGGAAAAAAAUGCUAUUUUAUAUGCAAAUGCUAAUAAAAUAUAUUAAAUUUAA